AAAAUACACAAUAAUGAUAAAUGUGCUUUUAUUGUCAAUUUUCUAUAUGGCAUAUUCUUAAAGAGGAUAGGCUAUCUGCAAUCAAGAAAUAUAUCUAGAUGUUGAUGUAGAUGAAGAAAUAAUUGAUCAUACCAAACUAAAUAACAACACAGAUAUUGUAUUAACAACUUCAAAAUUUUUGUUGUUGGAUGCUAAAUUGAAUAUUUUGAAUACUUAUACAACACCAAAUAAUGAAUCUCAUACAUGUAAUUUAGUUUCUGAUCAUCCACUUUAAAACUUGUUCUUUUUAGCUUGUCAAGCUGCAGGAAUGGCUCCAUUUUUAGUAGCUUACAAAUAAAUUGAAAAUAGUUCAUAUUCUGUAUUUGGUGAGUAUUAAGCAAUUCCCACUAUUUCAGAAAGUUUUAGUAAAUUUGCAAUAGUAGGAAAUACUUUAAUUAUCCCAUAGAAAAAAAAAAUAGUUUUUUUCACUACAGUAAUUUAAGCAUCAUCUUGGUACAUUCGAACAACAUCAUAUGUAUUGGAUGCCCAAUUUUUUAAUUCAACAAAUUUGAAUAUAUCAGAUUUUAGUUUAUCACCAUUUUAAUAAGAUUAACAAGAUUAUUAGAGAAUAUUAGUCUUAGAUUAUGAACUUGGUGUAUUUUGGGCUGAUGCAAUAUAAAGAUCGAAUAAUUUAAUUCCAUUUAAUAAUGGAAUCAUUAAUGUAAAAUCUAGCUAUUAUAUUCCUUAUUCAGCUAGAUUUAGAUAAGUAGCUUAACUAAAAGCAUCUUAAAAUAUGACAUAAUUUGUUUUAUAGACUUAUGCUGAUAGUAGUUAUUAAUUUGAAUAUUUAUUAAAUAACUCUUAUCUUAGUUUAUCUACAACAUUAAGUAAAUAUAAGGAUUGGAAUCCAUUUUCUUCAAUAAGAAUUAAUAAUAAUAUUUUUGCAAUUCCAUAUUAGAAUUAUUAACAUACUGUUGUGAUUUAAUUAUUUAAUAUUGCAGUCAAAUAAAAUGAUUAAGAAAAUAACUUAAAAUAAGAACCAACAGAUUUACUUAUUUCAGCAUCAAUAGAAAGUCUGAUUUUGUAUUUUAAUUCGAAUAAUACAUUGGUAUAUAGGAGUGAUUUUGAUUCACUAACAUUAUGUACUUUGUCAAACUAUAAAGUAGAAUGAUAAUAAUUACAAAGAAUGCACAUAAUAAAUAUAAUAGAU